AUGUUGAAACGCUCUUUGAAAUCGGUAGUGAGGUCAACGGGACGACAUGUUAGUGGUUCUAGGGCCCGGAUAAGGCCAGAUGUAGCCAAGUUCCGUCCAAAAAACGAUGAUUUACGGGCUAAUGAUGGUAAAGAAAUCAACAUCAAAGCAGAAUCUCAAGAAAAGGUUUUACGAGAUUUGAAAAAACUUGGAUUUCAGACGAUAAAUAUCAAGGACAGUGCAGAAAACGCGUUUUUGGAUUAUUUGGAAGAGUCAAAAUCCCCUUUCAAGAAAAGUGCCAAGAAUUUAAACAAGUUGAAGUCAGAAUUGAACAAUUCAGAUGAGAACGCAAAGGACAGAAUUGCAGCUGUGUUUGAUUUCCUCUUGAAAGAAAUGGAGGGCGAGGUUCGACGGUUCAGUUCUAUGACGCCAGAACAAGUCGAGAGGAUUUCUUUUAAAACUAGCGGUCGUGACGGAAUAGAUUCUGAAAACGAUUUGGAAAAAGCGCUCACUAGCGACAUAAUGGCAGCAUAUACGUCGCAAGAGAAAUACUCUCUACUCACGUACACGGAAAACGUUUUUCGAAUUUUGGCCGAUCUCAACUCACGUAACGCUGCGGCAACUGACGUCGUAAGCAUAGAGCAAUUGGUCCAGGUUUUCGAGCUUUCUAAGCUUCUCCCAAUUUCUGAUUAUCGCUUGCGGGGGAUUUUUCUGUCAGGUCAUUUGCUUUAUUCUCUUAAAACGUUGAGAAUGGACCCUGUGAACGAAUCCUUCUACAUUGACGCUCUCGUUUAUUAUGGUAUCUACAAAGAGGCGCUAAGUCUUUUCCAAACCAAUUGCCCAAGGGUGCAUCAGCGUUGGUGGUUUGAAAUGGGUAUGAUGGUCCAUUUGCGAGCUAAUCACCUGCAGCAGUUUGAUAGACUUUUUGAACUCACGGAAAGGCAGUUUGGCUCCGAUUACAUCAGUCCUAAGGUUCUACGUCUUGGAAUUAGGAGAAAACUAUAUGUGAGAGACUACUCUGGAGCAGAAAAGCUGACGCAACUUUUUAUCAAAAUUGUUCGACUUUGCGGCAUUACCAAUGAAGAUCAAGACGCGAUGCAAGCAUCGAGAAGCAGGGAUUUCGAAAAUGAAGAAGAUGCAAAUGCUUUUUUAAAUGAGAAGAACCCACCAUCUUUCAAUGAUUUUAUUGCCAUUAUACAAUACCAUUUGCAUCGUAAAAGGAUAGAUAGUGGAUUGAAACUUCUGGCUCAACUUAUCGAAAUGCCAGGUUUCCAGAAUGAAGCCCAAGUGUCUCUCGUUAUGAAGCUGAAACUCUUUCUAUUGAGAGAUUUCGAAAUCUUUAAACAGGAAAUCAAACCUCAUAUGUCUAAAAGCGACUGUGACGUUCACCUAGCUAAGCUGAAGGAACAUUUUGAUGCUUUGGUGAAUGAUAAAAAUGCUGCAGCGGUCAAAAAUAAUUUCAAUCACUUACUUUUUGACAGCGUGGUUUCCCUUUCAUCUAAUCCUACUUUGGUUAAUACUGUCGAAGAAUUCAUAACUAGGACUUGGUUCUCACCUCUUACCGAACCCGACAAAUCGAAAAAGCUUCGUGGCAUUUUAGAUGUUUUGCUCCGACAAGGAAAGGAAGAGAAAGCGCUUAAGAUCCUUGAGCAUAUGGAACAAGCGACUUCACGGAGUAAUGGCUCUUCAAGCCAACAAGCAAAUGCGCAUCAUUACGCAGUAUUUUUCAACUAUUAUGCGGACCUUACGAAGGAUAGAAAGGGCAAAGCUUUAGAAGAAUUGUUCGGCAAAGUCAAGUCUUUAUUGGACCGCAUGCAUGCGUUUGAUAUUUUCUACAAUGCUGUUUUCCUAACGUCGCUUCUCAGGUUUUAUCGCACCGUUUAUGACUUUAACAAUUGCUCAGCAAUUGUAAAUCCGCUUAUAGACUCGAAACUAGCCAAAUUUGAAUUGCCGCACGUUGACAAGGGCUUGAAAUCGUUUUUCGAGAGACGCAAUAUUAAUUUAGCGCUGUACAAGGAAAUUUGGCGCUGCUUGCAUGCGUAUCAUAUAGUAUUCGGAGACAGAUUUGGUAUUGAAGGAAAUAGCUCAAACGCCGCCGGUUGGCGUUACAGAAUAAAUGACAUCAGGAAUGCUACUCAGGUUCAUCCGAGCUUCACUGUCAGAUUUUUGUUCAAAUGCAUGGUGGAAGAAGACAAUAUAUUGCCGGACAUGGGAUUUUACCAUUUGAUUAUAAAAACGAUAAUAGCCAGUCGAGACUGGGCAUUUUUGCCCGCUAUUCUCAAAUACAUGAGCCAAGUUCACGGAGUGUCAAGCAAUGCUAAACUGAUGAGGUAUAUCGAUUUGGGUUUGAAGCGCGAGUAUAUCGCUUUGGAGCGUGACAGACUCGAGCAAAACUUGGUCGUCCGAGGCAAUGACCCAAAAUACAGUUUGGCGAAUCGGGCAAGAAGGCAUAUCGAGGCCAAGAUAAAGGAAGGGACCAUACUACAGGAAACGGCGGCUGGAGACGUCAGUAUCAACGAUCGUAUCAUUAAAAAUAUCCUGCAGUAUCUAAAUUCCUUGGAGGCGGGCAAAAGUGACGUUAAAGAGUCAGAGACCUACUUGGGUUUAUAA